UAACAAUUUCUUUCCAAAUCCAUCAUGCAAACACAGUCCAAGUGUUAACUUAUAUUAACUUAAUAUUUUAACAUAUCAAGGAUUGAAGCUUGAAGCAUCUACUGGGUUUCAUGGAGGAAGCAGAGGAGCUGAAGUCGAAGGGUGUCGAUGGAAUCUUGUGUCUUAGUGUGAAUGACCCACUUGUGAUGAAGGCGUGGGCAAAGACAUAUUGUGAGAACAAGCAUGUUAAGUUCCUUGCUGAUGGUUCUGCAACCUAUACCCAUGCUCUUGGGCUUGAGCUUGACCUUGUAGAAAAAGGACUCGGAACUCGCUCUCGUAGGUUUGCUUUAUUGGUUGAUGAUCUUACAGUGAAGGUUGCGAAUGUUGAAUCAGACGGAGAGUUCACUGUAUCCAGUGCUGAUGAUAUUCUUAAAGCUCUCUAAAUUGGCUCUUCAACUAUUCCCUUUUUGGUCUAUGACCUCCAAUCUGGGUUUUCAAGUAGUAUGACUUUUGAAGUUUGUUAAGUGGAGCUUGGAGGAAAACAAUAUCGAACAAGUUUACUAUUAUAUUGUUAUUUUGUUAUGAAAAUUGCAAUUGAACUUC